AUGGCAACCCACUGUGAGAUUCCGAUUGUCUCCCGUCCGUAUAGGUGUGUUAUGUCAUAUGGUGUCUACACACUGAUUCUGAUUCUUCUUCUUCCACUCGCCGCCCACGCCGACGACGACUGCGCCGCUCCGCACUUCGUCGUCGAGACGUCGCGACGCUUCAACUCGACGACGUCGUCGCGUCUUCUGAAUCGCCAACCCGUCGACAGCCUCUCGCAAUGCGUCCGAUUGUGUCGACUGUUGAAGCGGUGCACGCGUUUUGAGGUGGCGUCGGACGGCGGCCAACUCGUCUGCACGCUUCUGAAUCCCGACGACGACGUCGUCGUCGUCGUCUCGCCGAACACAAUCGCCGGCACUCGUGUUUGUCUGAAACGACCAUGCCGAGAGCAACGCGCGUUCGCUUUUGAGCGCUUCGCCAAACGCGCUCUAGCGAACACCACCCACAUUCUGAAGACGUUCUCGAUUCGCCUCGACGAGUGCCUCCAAAAAUGCCACGACGAAUCGAAUUGCCGAAGUGUCGCCUACAACUCGCACACGUCGCUAUGCCAAUUGUCGCGAGUCGCGAUGAACGCCGUCUACAAUCCGCGGUUGUUCUUCAAACCAUCGACGACGACGGACGUCUACGAGAACAAUUGUCAAGAUUACGCGACGACGAUGACGACCAACGGAUGCACGUUUAUGCGGAUGACGGGCGGCGGAUUGAAGGCGUUGGCGGAUCAGACGAUCGCCGGCGUCGGCGAUUCGCACGAAUGCGAACAGUUGUGUGUGGCGCGCGCGAGGGUCGCCGAUCCGUGUCGAAUGUACACGUUCGACAACUCGUCGAAAUCGUGCCAUCUGAUGUACGCGUCGGCGCGAAUUCUCGGACGAAGUCCGCUCGAGAAAAUGGACGCCGCGUUGUCGCAUGGCGAUCUCGACGACUGCAUCAAUUUCUCGCUGAAAUGCCGCGAUUCGAGUCUCGAGGUGAAGGCGUCGUCGUUGCGGCUGUUCAAUGGCAAAAUGGCGGCGAUGAGCGGGCGGCGGAGCUCGACGUGCGAGCAUCGAGUCGACGGCGAGUUCGCGUUCGCCGCCAAAUUCGAGUUCGACAAGUGCGCCAUCGAGGAGACGAACCAUUCCGAAUUCCGCGGUGUGAUCCACGUGAAGGAGGGCAGCACGAAUUUGGUGACGAUUCGCGACAAGACCCUACAGGUGAGCUGCCGAAUGCACCAACACCAACACCAACACCACCAAGUGGUGUCGAUUCGAAUGAACGUCGACGCCAACAACAAAACGAUGCGAUUGGUAUCGAAUCCGCCGGAGCGGCCGACGUUCGCGUUGAGGGUCUACACGAACGACGAGCGCGAAGCGAGCGCGGUGACGAUCGGCGAGACGGGAUGGAUUGUGGUGACGGUCGAGAACGCCGCCGUCGACCGAUUCAUUGUGACGAAUUUGGCGUCGCGCGACGUCAACACCGGCGAGAUUCGGCGGCUCGUCGACGACGACGGUUGUGUGAUUCGACGCGAUCUCGUCGCCGGCAUUCGCAAGUCGCCCGACGAGAUUCGCUAUCGAAUCGCGUUCGUCGACGUCGCCGAACGCGCCGAGAUCGUCUAUCACGCGAGUGUCGAGACGUGCGCGACGGCCGACUGCGAGCCGGCGUGCAAUCGCGAGCUCUAUGAGGGCACCCAACGAUCGUCUCCAUUGGCUCUUGAUCUACCGCGUCGAAUGCUGAAACGCGCGAUAAUCGGCGAAAAUCGCCAAUUGGAGCUUCUCGGCGACGUGUACCAAGUCAGAGGUCAUAAGCUCACACUGCUCAACUCGCGUGCAAGAGCUGGACCAGCUCAGGCUCAUCACACUGAGAAUGACGAUGACGUGAUUAUUACAAAGAAGGAGGUGAAUCUCGCCGCGUCGUUUCGCCAUUGCUUCGUCGACGACGUCACCUGCUUGUUCACCAUCAUUCUCGCGUCGAUUCAAUUCUUUCUGCUCCUCUGCUGCUGCCUCAUCGUCUACGUCUAUUUUCAGCACUGGCGAAUGUUUCGAGCGCUCGAGUCGGCCGGCGAGCGACAUCAAAUCGAAUUCUACGAGUACGGCUCCGACGUCAAUUCGAUUCAGCUCGACAAGGACGAUUCCGAAUCGCCGCCGCAGCAGCAACAACACGACUAA